GACUGCUGCGUACUUGUAAGUAUAAUACCCUAAUUAGUUAAGACCGCAGUGUAACUUUCCUACUCAAUUAUCAAUACUUUGUUCAAAGCAUGGAUCGUAGAGCGCAAACUUUGUUAGUUUGUUUUUAAGGAAGACCGAAGAAAGUGAAAGUUUGAAGUCGCCAUGUCACAGCACGAGAAAAAGCCAGAGCCUGGAGACCUUAUUGAAAUCUUCCGAGGCAUAUAUCAGCACUGGGCUAUUUAUGUUGGUGAAGGUUAUGUGAUUCACCUGGCUCCUCCCUGUGAAUAUGCUCAAGCUGGAGCCUACAGUAUGAUGUCAGUAUUAAAUGAUAAAGCCAGAGUGAAGAAAGAAGAGCUUUAUAAAGUAGUUGGCAAUGAUGAUUAUCGUAUCAACAACCUUCUUGAUGGGAAAUAUGAUCCACGUCGUGUUGAAAAGAUUCUACGGGAUGCACACAGUUUUGUGGGAAAAGAACUUCCAUAUUGUCUCAUUAGUGGGAACUGUGAGCACUUUGUUACAGAGCUGAGAUACGGAAAAGCGGAGUCCCGACAGGUACAGCUGUGUGGCAUGACCUGGCAUAUUGAGAUUAUUCACACAAGUACUGUAACUGAAUUACUCAUAAAUGUCUCAAAUUGUCUCAGUGCAAAUCACUGGAUUGGUACGAGUCAGCGUGACGGCUGCAGCUGUAGGUACUGGUGCAGUGGCUAGCAUUGGAACCGUUGCUUAUUUCAUUUCAAAACUUUUGGGUUCAAAAGACAAGCAGACACAAUGAAUAUAACUAAUGAAAUAAAAACUGGUACUGUAUUAUUUAAAGCCAGUAAAUUGGUUGGUGCCUUUUAUUAUCUUUAAAUAAUAAUAAUUAAAAAAAAAAAUUGGCAAAGCCUUUGUUUUAUGAUUACAAAUGGAGAGACUAUUAUAGAAUGUAAAGUCUACUGAGGUGUAAAAUAACUCAACAAUAAAGCAAUGA